CAAACCGCAAAACAAUAAAAUGUGAAGAUUUCUCUGUCACAAUUAGAUCUUCCAUAUUGUUUUAACUCGAGAGAGGUGAUCGUAGAAUCGUAAGUCAAUAUGAUUCUGUAACAAUGUAAUGAAUUCAAUUUAUUGCAUUGUAAUGGUCUCACCUUUCCGUUUACGAGCAGACAAGACAUAGAUUUUUGUGUAAGUACAUUCUUUAAGCAUUAGAAGUAAUCUGCUUACAAGAUUAAGUAUUCAUAAUCUGACAACUUUUUAAAUUAUUGAAUGAAAAUUAUUCUCAUAGCUUUUAAGUAAUAAACCGUCUGAUAAAGAGCGUACGGAUUAUAACUACACUAGGUGUUGUUCGCGGUUUCGUCCACUUUAAAAGCCUUUCCCGCUACAAUACUUUCUAAAUCACUAGCGACCCAUAGCCCCCUCUGUAUGGCGAGUAUUUAAAAAAAAACUGAUUUUCUACAGAACCUAUGUGCUAAUCUAGAACGUGGUAGGUAUGUGUUCAAAUUUCAUCCAAAACCGUUCAAAGUUUCUGAAUCGACUUCUAACAAACAUAUAAACAAGUACUGUUUGUUUGGACGGGAUCGCUUUUUAAUAUAAUUCAUUGAAACAUCCAAACAAUUUCACAAACUGAUGCAUUUAUAGUAAGAUAAGAAUUUACUCACACCGAUAUAGAUACGUAUGUGAUACGUCGUAGUGAAGGCAUUGCACAUCAUCCAGCCGAGUGGCGCUGCGCCAAUUGAUACUGGUGGAUCCUCGAGCUAUUGUGUUGGUAACGGGUCGACAGGGAACAAUGCGAGGAAACUUAAUACGAUUCGCGAGCGGCUUCACGCUUGCCGCUCAUCACGUUUAUAUAAGAGGGCAGGACGUCGCGUGGGGCUCACACUGAGCGCGCUGUUUCAUGGGUACUCGUCACCGGUGACCGCUCGACAUGCCGAAAAUGGUGACUCGCGAAAAAAGCGACUACGGGAGAAAGGUGCAGGAGAAAGCCGUCAUCGAAAAGAGGCAGAUGGCGAUCGAGCGCUGCGCCGCGGCCGCUGCCGCCGCGGAGCCCGCGCGCCCGCCCGCCCCCGCGGCCGCGCCGCCGCCGAUCACCGCACCCGCCCGCGUCGUCACGCUCGAGCAUGGAGAACAUAUGGACUCCACGCUCUAUAGAUUCGAGAAAGGCUGCUACUUACAAUUUUGCCCCGGGCCCAGCUUACUGGGCCGCAAGGUGUUUCUCUACACCAACUAUGUGAUUUCCGACAAUGACCAGGACGAGCAGGCGGAGUUCAUCCGCAACCAGUAUUACGGUCUGGAGUGGCGCGGCGUGGGCGCGGACGGCGAGCCCGCCGAGUCGCUGGGCGCCGGCCCGCUGCUCACCGACACCGACGUCUGCUGCGAGCUGCGACUCUCGCGCGCUGGCUCAUUCCACUAUUAUUUCGUCUACGACAAUGCCGAGUCGCCGAUCGGGCCUCAAGGCUCAGGCUGGUUCCACGUAGCGCCAACGCUGCGCGUGGGUCCCAGCGGGCGCGACACGGUGCCGCUCGACGGCAUCAUGUGCCAGACCGUGCUGGCCAAGUGCCUGGGCCCGCUGCCGCGCUGGGAGGCCACACUGCGCGUGUCCAAGGAAUCAGGAUACAACAUGAUACAUUUCACUCCAGUGCAGGAGUUAGGCGCGUCCAACUCCAGCUACAGCAUCGCGAACCAGCUGCGCCUCAACCCCCAGUUCAGCGCCGACAGCGGUCGCGAUGCCACCUUCGCCGACGUUGAAAACCUUGUCGCUAAGAUGCGAACGGAAUGGAAAAUGUUGUCGAUCUGCGACGUGGUGCUGAACCACACGGCGAACGAGACGCCGUGGCUGGCGGAGCACCCGGAGGCGACGUACAACUGCAUGAACUGCCCGCACCUGCGGCCGGCGGCGCUGCUGGACGCGCUGCUGGCGCGGCUGACGGCGGACGUGGCGCGCGGCGAGCACGAGGCGCGCGGCGUGCCGCGGCGCGUCACGCACCACGACCACAUCGAGGCCGUGCGCGCGCUGCUCGCCACGCAGCUGCUGCCCGAGGCGCGCCUGCACGAGAUGUACACCUGCAACGUCUCCGAGAUCGUGCAGGAGUUUUACUUCAUGGCCCGCAACAAGGUGCCGGCUGUGAAGGCGGGCGAGGAAGAGCGUGGCGAGUUGAAGCUGGUGCCGGACCCGCAGUACCGGCGCCUGCGAGCCACCGUCGACCUCGACCUCGCACUGCAGCUUUACAAUGUCUACAGGGCGGACUGCUACGACGAGGAGUCUCGGCUGAAGCGGUGCUGCGAGGAGCUGCAGCGGCGGCUGGAGCGGCUCAACGACGCGGCCGCCGACGAGCUGCGCGCGCACCUCCGCGCCGCCAUCGACAACGUCGUCGCCGGCAUGAGAUAUUUCCGUCUACAGUCUGAUGGGCCUAAAAUUGAGGAAGUUAGUUCUGAACACCCGCUUGUACCGAGGUACUUCACGUGGGCGUGCGCGGUGGAGAGCGCGUCGCUGGCGGACGUGGAGGCGGCGCUGUACGGCGAGGCGGGCGCGCACUGCAUGGCGCACAACGGCUGGGUGAUGGACGCCGACCCGCUGCAGGACUUCGCCGCGCGCCCCGCCGCCGCGCGCGUCUACCUGCGCCGCGAGCUCAUCGCCUGGGGCGACUCCGUCAAACUGCGGUAUGGCGACAAGCCCGAGGACAGCCCGUUCCUGUGGGCGCACAUGCGCGAGUACGUGGAGCUCACGGCGGAGGUGUUCGACGGGCUGCGGCUCGACAACUGUCACUCCACACCGCUCCAUGUGGCCGAAUACAUGCUGGACUGUGCGCGCAACGUAAAGCCGGACUUGUACGUGGUCGCGGAGCUGUUCACCAACUCCGACCACGUGGAUAAUAUAUUUGUGAAUCGGCUCGGCAUCACUUCGCUAAUUCGAGGAGUGGGUAGUGACGGCGGUGUUGUCACAGAGGCGAUGAGCGCGUGGGACUCGCACGAGCAGGGCCGGCUGGUGCACCGGUUCGGCGGGCGCGCGGUGGGCGCGUUCUUCCGCGAGCCGCGCCGCGCCGCGCAGCCCCGCGUCGCGCAUGCGCUGCUGCUCGACCUCACGCACGACAACCCCUCGCCCGUCGACAAGCGGUCGGUGUUUGAUAUGUUGCCGUCGGCCGCGCUGGUGUCGAUGGCGUGCUGCGCCACCGGGAGCACGCGCGGAUAUGAUGAACUUGUGCCACACCACAUUCACGUGGUUGACGAGACUCGACUGUAUGCGGAAUGGGCCGACAGUCCAGGGAAGUCGCAGACAGAAUCUCCCAGCGAAGGAAGAGUGUUCCGAGACACCGGCAUCAUGGCUGUAAAGCGUGCUCUCAAUGAGCUUCAUUUUGAACUAGCACUCGCCGGAUAUUCUGAGGUGUAUGUAGACCAGAUGGACGCUGACGUUGUAGCGGUGACGAGACACGAGCCGCGCUCACGUCGCUCCGUGAUUCUAGUAGCUUUCACCGCGUUCACGACGCCCGAUCCCGCCGCCACCCCGCGGCAUGUCAAACCGCUACGUUUUGAGGGCCAGCUCGAAGAGAUUAUCCUGGAAGCCGAACUCCAUCGUGUCGAGCGCAGAGUUGAGGGGCGAUCCGCGUCUUUCGCUCGCCAUCCGCGUUAUAUCAAUGGAUUAGAAGAAUACGAAGCAACCCUACGUCGUAGCUUGCAGCUCGCUCAAUCAGGCGUAUUCGUGAACGAACGCUCAGAAAACGUGCACACCGUGCUGGAGUUCCGUCCGCUGGCGCCGGGCACGGUGGUGGCGUUGCGCGUGUCGCCGCGGCCCGCGCACGCCGCCGCGCUCACCUCGCUGCAGCGCGCCGUGGACGCACUGCGCGCGCCGCCCGCCGCCGACCCGCUCGGCCUGGCGCCCGCGCUCGCCGACCUCGACCUGGCCGACUUCAACACGCUGCUGUACCGCUGCGACGCGGAGGAACGCGAGGCGGGCGGUGGCGGGGUGUACGACGUGCCCGGCUGGGGACCGCUACCUUAUGCUGGACUGCAAGGUGUGGCUUCUUUGCUCGCGGAAGUCACCCCGAGCGACGAUCUGGGCCAUCCACUGUGCGACAAUCUUCGCGCCGGUGAUUGGCUCGCUGAAUACCAAUGGCGAAGGCUAGAACGUGAGCCGCGAUUGGCGGCUGUCGCAUCACGUUAUCGUGAUGCUCUUCGGCCUUUGUCAUCUUUACCACGGUUCCUGGUGCCGGCUUACUUUGCCGCGGCAGCAAGUGCUCUGUACCGUGGCGUGGCGCGUGCAGCUCUUGGCCGCUUGACCGCAUGGGCACGUACUGGAGCAUUCUCUCGUGCGCUGGCCCUCACGAGCGUGCAGCUAGCAGCGGCGCUGCCGUCGGCGCCACUGCCCCCACCAUCACCAGCACUGCCGCCGCCGCGCCCCACGCGCUCCGUUACGCUUUCAGCAGGGCUGCCCCACUUCGCAGUUGGUUACAUGCGCUGUUGGGGCCGUGACACUUUCAUUGCAUUGCGCGGUCUGUUCCUGCUCACGGGACGAUACCAGGAUGCGCGAUAUCACAUUUUGGGCUUCGCGGCAUGCCUUCGACAUGGACUCAUACCCAACUUGCUGGACGGCGGACGCAAUGCUCGUUACAAUUGUCGGGAUGCAGUCUGGUGGUGGCUGCAGAGUAUUAAACAGUACUGCACAGAAGCACCGCAGGGUCACGCCCUGCUCACGGAGCCCGUGUCGCGACUAUUCCCCAAAGACGACAGCGAGCCCGCGCCGCCCGGCGCCGCGGACCAGCCGCUGCACGACAUCAUGCAAGAGGCUCUCGACGUGCACUUCCAGGGACUCGUGUUCCGCGAACGCAACGCUGGCCGCGCCAUCGACGCACACAUGUCUGACAAGGGAUUCAAUGUGCAAAUCGGUAUCGAUCCUGAAACAGGUUUUCCAUUCGGUGGUAACGAUGCUAACUGCGGCACAUGGAUGGACAAGAUGGGCUCGUCGGAAACAGCGGGCACGCGCGGAAAGCCGGCGACGCCGCGGGACGGUAGCGCCGUGGAACUCGUAGGCCUCUGCUACAGUACCGUCUCCUGGCUAGCCGCGCAACACCGCGCCGGCCGCUACCCGUACCCGGGCGUAGUACGGCGUCACCGCGACGGCAGUCUUACUUCCUGGACAUACGCACAGUGGGCCGAAAGAAUUCGGCACUCGUUUGAGCGUCACUUUUGGAUUCCACCGGCACCCUCCGCGGUCGAUGCACGGCCUGAUCUCGUGCAUCGCCGCGGAAUAUACAAAGACAGCCACGGUGCGUCACGGCCCUGGGCCGAUUACCAAUUGCGGUGCAAUUUCCCGAUUGCGAUGGCAGUUGCGCCGGAACUGUUCGACGCGCGCCAUGCGUGGCAGGCACUAGACCAAGUUGAAAAAUUGCUGCUUGGACCACUCGGUGUGAAAACGCUCGACCCAGCUGAUUGGGCGUACCGCGGAGAUUAUGAAAAUUCGAACGAUAGCGACGACCCCAGCGUUGCGCACGGAUUCAACUAUCACCAGGGCCCGGAAUGGGUCUGGCCUAUUGGGUUCUACCUGCGGGCGCGGCUUGCGUUCGCUCACGAGUGCGGGCGUCACGCACGCACCGUGGCUGCCGCCUACGCUGCGCUUGCGCCUCUGUUGGCCGAAAUUCGCACGUCGCCCUGGCGUGGGUUACCCGAGCUAACUAACGCCGCUGGUGCCUACUGUGCCGACUCGUGCCGUACUCAGGCGUGGAGCUCGGCCGCCGCACUAGAGGUGCUCCAUGAGCUUGAGCUAGCGCGCCGCGCGCGGCCGCUCGCUGCGGACUGACGUGUCCGCCCGCGCCGCGUGCGGCACGCGCGUCGCGCCGCGUCUCCGCGCCGCCUCUACGCGCAGCCCUACGAGCCGGCACCGGCGCCGCGCGCCCUUGCGGCGUUACGCCGUCUCGCGCGUCGUGCUCGCCCCGCCGACCGACUAUCUCGCACUGUGUAUAACCUGCUCCGGGGCGUGCGUGGCUCCGGCCUGGCCACCGUAGUCUACAGUGACCGCCACUUCCGCUACGGACUGCCAUUACGUGCACGCCAUGCGCCCGCGCGUCGCCUAGUGGCAGACGAGCUUGGUGUUCGGCCGCCUGCCGAGCGACGUGUUCCACGUUUGUCGCGUCCACGCGCAGCACACUUAAUGCCGCUUCACGCACCAGUACCGCGCCUUGCACCACGCGCCGGACUGCUGUUAUUCGAGCGAGCUUCACCUUUACCGCCGCGACCGUCUCCGGUCCGUUCACGGCUUUCGGCCUUGCGCUUAUUGCACGUGGCGGAGGACGCGCGUUUCGAGGAGGUCCCGCCACUUGAGGCACCCUUGCCACGCCGACCCCUUGCCUACCGACAACCGUCAGCAGGGGUGCCACCCCGACGACCACCGUCGGGCGUUCCACGUGCGCGGCUUUCGGUGCCAACACCAACAGCCGAACGUGAAGAAGCGCCUCGUCCUCGGUUUGCUUUGCCCGACGAUGGCUCCAUAGCCGACGACGACGCCACCAGCGAGGCCGAGACAGUCGAGCUAGCUUACGAGGCGCUCGCGAAAGAUUCGCCGCGAGUGAGCGCUGCCAACAUGGCACGUGACGACGCCGACAAAGCAGGCGCCAUAGCUUUUGAGCGCAAAGUGCUGAACACAGAACGUUACAACAAUGGCGCACGAGCUCCGCUGAUGGCGGGCGGCGGGCGGGGCGCGCGCGGCAUGCGCGGCGUGCGCGGCGCGCGGUCUUUGCGCCGCGCGACUGUGCGCGCGCUGCUGGCGUGCUCGGGGUUGCUGUACGCAGUAGCGUUCCUCGCGUUUUAUUUCCUGAGUCUGCCGUGAGCGCGCCCUUCGAAAUAUUACCCACAUGUGCGAAUUUGUCAAUCUUGCCGUUCCAAAUCUUCACCUCGCCGCAAACAAACGGUGGCUUAAUGAGACGAAUGUCUUUAUUGCUUUAUAUAAUUUUGAGAAAUAAUUUUUAAAAUAAAUAUAUUUUGUUACAAUGUCUACUCUAAUAUCACCAAGCUUUACACGCGGAUCUGAAUGCUAUUCCUUUGCGCCGCUACACUGUCCAUGAGAUAAAAUAUUUGCGGUCGUAAAUGAUCCUGGGUCCUCGUGCGAGCAAGUUGGUGGUGCAGUAAUCCACUAGUGGAUAUUAAUAAUAAUAUGUUUUCCUAUGAAAUUAUGUGAUUAUCAAAUAAAAUAAAAUACUCAGUUUGUUGGUGUAUAGUUUAUAUAUUAUCUUACGAGUUAAGCGUUGGUCACUAAAUAUUGUAGUAGAGUAAUAUUACUCUAUUGUGUUUGAACGAUUGUCUUCGUUAAUAAAUAUUAUGAGCAAAUUG